AUGGCUACUUCACCUCCGCCAGUUCACGGCAUGAUGCCUCACCAAGACGAGCACUCUUUCGCCCAAGAACAAGUUGGUCGUUCUCGCUUCUGUGGCAUUCGCGACUUUUUUGACUAUGUCGAUUGCUACAUCACCACUUCGCGCUUUGGUCACUUCUUUCGCCUCUCCGGUAGCGGUCACCCAGAGGAGAUUACUGGGUCGACCUUUUUUCGAGAAUGCCGGGCUGGCGUGACUACUUUUGCUACUAUGGCAUACAUCAUCGCUGUCAACGCGGCGCUGCUUCAACAGACUGGUGGUACUUGCGAAUGUGACUUGGCAGACAGAAAGGCCUGUGACAAGAUCGAUUCUUAUAUGGCUUGCAAAGAAGAUAUUCGACGAGAUAUCAUUACUGCUACAGCCGCCGUCGCAGGCAUGGCAAGCUUUGCCUUUGGUCUUCUUACUAAUCUCCCUGUCGCUAUCGCUCCCGGUAUGGGCCUCAACGCCUACUUCACUUUUCAAGUCGUCGGAUACAAUGGAAGUGGUCCCAUCUCGUACUCUCUCGCCCUCACAGCUGUCUUUGUCGAAGGUCUCAUCUUUAUCUUUCUUGCUCUCACAG